AUGCUAGCGGUUUUGAAGCGCGGGCUGCAGCAGGUCAGCGGCCACGGCGGCCUCCGCGGCUAUUUGCGAGUUUUUUUCAGGGCAAAUGAUGUGAGGGUUGGCACAUUGGUGGGGGAAGACAAAUACGGAAACAAAUACUAUGAAGACAACAAGCAGUUUUUUGGCCGUCACCGGUGGGUUAUAUAUACUACUGAAAUGAAUGGCAAAAACACAUUCUGGGAUGUGGAUGGAAGCAUGGUGCCCCCUGAAUGA